AUGUCGUCCAAGCCUGUCCCACAGUCGGUCAUCAUCAUCGGCGCUGGCAUCUUCGGCCUGUCGACAGCGCUGGCCAUCGCCCGCAGGCAUCCAUCAACCAAGAUCACGAUUGUUGACCGGUUGACACCGCCCGUAGAGGACGGCACGAGUGUCGAUACAACCAGAUGCAUCAGGGCAGACUAUGGUGAUCCGCUCUACGCCAAGCUAGCCGAGGAGGCACAGAAGAAGAUUGAGCAGGACCCAGAGCUGAGCCGGUUCUACUUCAAGCAGGGCAUGUCGUUUGUGGCAGAGGGCACGCCGGGCCCGAUGCUUGACUUGUACAAGAAGAACCUGGCAGCAGUCAGGGCCCGCGCUGCUCAGGGUCUCGGCGGCGAUCCCAUCGAGAUGAAGUCCCCCGAGGCAGUCUUCCAGAGCAUCCACGGCAAGACGGCUCAGCCCGUGAGCAACGCAUCGCUUGGCCGCCGGAAGCGGUGGAACAUUGGGUACAGGAACAUGGACGAUGCAUUCAUCGAUGCGAGGGAGAGCGUUCGGAUCUACUACGAGCGAUGCCUUGCGCAGCCCUCCAUUGUAUUCAGGUGCGGCGUCCCCGUCGAUAGACUUGCCGUCUCUGGUCAACAGGCCACGGGCGUCAUCCUCGAGAACGGCCAGACGCUCAGCGCGGAUCUCACGCUGGUGGCAGCAGGCGCCUGGUCCAACAAGCUCGUAUACCUCGAUGACCUCAUUGUACCCUCGGCGAUCGAGGUGGCCUGGAUAAAAUUGACUGACGAGGAAGUGGUCAAGUGGAAGAACAUGUCCAUCACCACCAACUUCGACACUGGAUUCAAUCUCUUCCCUCCGUACCGGGGCGAGAUCAAGUGCCUCCGCCGGUCAGCUGGCUACAGAAACACGGUCCUCAUCCCGCACCCGGAAGACCCUUCCAAAACGAUAAGAACAUCGCUGCCGCGAACCGUGGUGACGAACCCGACCGAUCAGAUUCCCCUCGAGGCGGAGAAGGCUCUGCGCGACAACCUCCGGGAGAUGAUGCCCCAACUGGCUGAUCGCCCGUUUGACCGGACAAAACUGUGCUGGCUUUCCCAGACACCGUCGGCUGACUUCAUUAUUGCGCCCCAUCCGAGGAUUGCCGGUGUCCACGUUGCUACCGGAGGCUCGGCGCACGCGUGGAAGUUUCUCCCUACCAUCGGCGACCUGGUGGUGGACUCGAUGGAAGGAAAACUGGACGGGAAGCUGGCAGCGAAAUGGGCGUUUGGAACAAAGGGGACGAGCGAGGGGAAUGCGCCUCGAAUAGGGGGUGCCGCCCAGGAACUGGCACAUGUCGUUCGCAGUCGCCUGUGA